UUCAACUCUGGCGGCUUUUACAAGCGUAACCCUAACUGGGAUUCCCUGGGAUUAAGGUAAUACAUUAAAGGCAAUUGUUCCAAGAAUUUUGGUAAUUAAUUAGUUGUUUUGGGUGUAAUCAGAAGAAAGUCAUUAAAAUGGCUCGAAUUGCACGGAACUGCAUACAAUCAAUGCUGAAGGUGGUGAAUUCCGGAAUAGGGAUGGUCGGCAUUGCCAUGAUUAUAUACUCUCUCUGGAUGCUUAGGGUUUGGAAUCGACACUUAGAAUCCGAUUCAUCCGCCCCUUGGUUCAUUUACACAAUACUUGGAAUCGGGGUCAUUUUGUGUUUGAUUACGUGUUCGGGUCAUAUUGCCGCAGAGACUACUAAUGGCUGCUGCUUGUGGAUUUAUAUGGUUUUUAUCUUUCUGCUUCUUGUGUUGGAAGCUGCAGUGACUGCAGAUGUAAUUCUUAACCACGACUGGGAGGAGGACUUCCCAGAUGAUCAAACUGGGAAUUUUGAUCAGUUAAAGGAUUUCAUCAGACAGAACUUUGACACAAUCAAAUGGAUUGGGAUCACAGUGGUUGCAUUGGAGGCAUUAAGUAUGUUAAUGGCCAUAAUUCUUAAAGCUUUGGGACCUCAUCCUGCGAGAUAUUAUGAAAGUGAUGAUGAUGACCCCCCCGAAAGAGUGCCCCUAUUGAGGAAUUAUGCCCCUCCUCCUCCUCAUGUUGCUGGUGAUCAGCUCUAUGGGACCAAGAAUGAUUCUUCAAUUACAAGGAUUAACAUUAAGGCUAGCAGAUGAUUUAAAUUUCCGACCUGACAACGAAGUGCACAUGAUGAAUAUCGGGAAGAGGUUGUCAGAUCUCAAGUAGCAGUCUAAACAAUUUUUCUAUUGUUGUUUGUAUUAGUGAUACUUCUUGUAGUUGACAGAGUUUUUGUAGUUUAACAUGUAUAUAUGCUUUACAUUCUUGAUGAAAUAUAAACUUGUGUAACAAUAAAUGACCACACUAUUACAAAAGUAUAAAUUUGUUCGAACUUUUUGAUUA